AUGGCAGAGUUAGAUCUUGGCUCGAGUUUUAUUCCUGCCUUGCAUAAACCUUCAGCCUUGCUUCCAAUUGCAAAGCACCGAGACAGUCUACUUUACUUGAUCGAGACAAAGCAAGUUACGAUUGUCGUGGGGCAGACGGGCAGUGGUAAAACCACACAGCUUCCUCAGUUCCUUGCGCAAGCAGGAUGGUGUGACGACGGGAAGGUGAUAGGCGUCACGCAGCCAAGACGGGUAGCUGCCACUACUGUUGCUAUCAGAGUGGCAGAAGAAGUCGGGUGCGAACUGGGCACGGAUGUUGGUUAUUCCAUCCGGUUCGAAGAUAUCACUUCGGCUGCGACAAAAAUUAAGUUCCUGACAGAUGGACUUCUCAUUCGAGAAGCUCUGGUUGAUCCUCUACUUUCUCGAUAUUCUGUGAUCAUGGUUGAUGAAGCCCAUGAGAGGUCCAUCAGCACAGACAUCCUUCUAGGACUUCUGAAGAAAAUUCUCAAGCGAAGGCGAGAUUUGCGAGUCGUCAUUAGCAGCGCCACACUUCAGGCCAGAGACUUCCUAGAUUUCUUCGCUCGGACACCAGACGACAAGGGAACCAACGGAUCAAGGGAUCAUGAGACGGGCUCAAUCAUCAGCCUCGAGGGGAGAACAUAUCCCAUCGAUGUCUUAUACCUGGAAUCGCCCACAGAAGACUACGUGGAGAAGGCCAUAUCAACAGUCUUGGACAUCCAUACCAAAGAACCUGGGGGAGAUAUACUGGUAUUCCUUACUGGUCGUGAGGAAAUUGACAACGCAGUGGAAACCAUUUCGGCUAGAGCUGCCGAAUUGCAGACUAGAUCACAAUCAAUCUUAGUCCUGCCUCUUUAUGCUGGACUUUCGACUGAACAACAGAUGUAUGUUUUCGAAGAGGCACCUAAAAAUACAAGAAAAGUCAUCGUAUCCACAAAUAUUGCUGAGGCAUCCGUCACCAUAGAUGGGAUCGUAUAUGUCGUCGACUCCGGUUUCGUAAAGCUUCGCGCCUUCGAUCCAAGAACGGGGAUCGAGACUUUGACAGCAUCCCCCGUCUCAAAGGCCUCUGCAUCACAGCGUGCGGGCAGAGCCGGUCGAACAAAACCUGGCAAAUGUCUCCGCCUUUUCACCGAGGAACACUUCCAGACACUCCCAGAUGCAAAUAUACCCGAAAUUCAAAGGACGAAUCUCGCACCUUUCGUGCUGCAACUGAAGGCAUUGGGUAUCGAUAACGUCGUACGGUUCGACUACUUGACACCCCCGCCUGCGGAGCUCUUGAUCAAAGCCACAGAACUUCUCUUCUCUCUUGGAGCUUUGGACGACUAUGCAAAGUUGACGAGACCACUCGGAAUGAGAAUGGCAGAGCUUGCAGUUGAACCCAUGAUGGCCAAAACUUUGUUAUCAGCCGCAUCUUUCGCAUGUCUUAGUGAAAUUCUCACUAUAGCUGCAAUGACUAGUCUGGGCGGAUCGAUUUGGAUUCAACGCGACGGGGAAAAGAAGCAGAUGGAAUCCGCAAGGCGAAAAUUUGCAGCCGAAGAAGGUGACCACCUCACUUUACUCAACGUAUAUCAGACGUUUAUAACGAAAGGAAAGAAGGAGGCGCGAUUCUGCUACGAAAAUCAAUUGAAUUUUAAGGCGAUGAGCCGCGCUGUAAGCAUUCGUGCACAACUCAAGCGGUAUCUUGAGCGCUUCGGCGUCGUGGUUGACCAGACUCUCAAGGCCUCAUCGACAAACAAAAGCGAACAGAUCAGAAGGUGCCUUACUACAGGCUAUUUUGCUCAUGCAGCUAAAAUGCAACCUGAUGGCAGCUUUCGCAAUGUGGAAGGAGGCACUGUACUCUAUGCGCACCCGAGCUCCUUGAUGUUCAAUCGAAAGGCCGAGUGGGUAAUAUUCCAUGAGAUCAUGGAAACUGGAAACAAAACCUUCAUUCGCGAUGUAACCAAAAUCGAAAAGAAAUGGCUCCUGGAGUAUGCCUCCGAUUUCUAUCAGCUAAUGCCUUAA